AAAUGAAAACAUAUCGAAAGCAAACAUAUACAUACAAAAUUCAUUGAUUUUGUCAACGUAAAACAUAUAGCGCACGGCAUAUAGGAACUCCAAUUGGAAUACCCCAGUGAAGUUAAUCGAAUUAGAAACGCUGGAGCGGAGCGGCAAGUGCGCGGCGGCAAUGCGAACGGACUGAAGUUGGAAGCCCCGUAGCGAAGGCUUUUCACCUGGGCCGCUGUCCAAUCAGAACGCUGCUCCCAAUCAAAAGUGGCAGGUGGCGAGGGCGGGGGGUGCGACCGAAAAAUCCCGAUACGGGGGGCACGGUAGUGUUGUCGUUGUCGUUCUCGUUGUUGUUGUUGUGUGGCAGGGAUAGGAAAGCCAAACACCAAGCCAAUGGUAAUGGAAAAAUGACCAUCAGCAGCAGGAGCACGGAUCACUAGCUAAUACGGAUACGGUCGUAAAAUGCCCCGGAACACUUGCAGGCCAAGUGAAUGCGCAGCAGCUAGCCAGGAUCAGCAACAGCAACAGCAUCAUCAUCAGCCGGAGGCGAAUGCGAGCAAUAACAACAAUAACAAUAACAUCAAGCAGGAACUGGAGGCGGCUCCGCCGGUUUGCCACCGGAAAUCGGAGCGCCGGAGAGUGGCACGCGACAUUUUUCUGGUCUUCGAGGAGCAGACCACCCGGCGCCGGGGGAAGGGGGCACGGGGCAAGGCCACGAGGGCCAAGCAAAAGUUCGGACACCUCAAGGUGGCCAAUACGCCGCGCAUCAACAAGAAUGUGCUGCGCGAGAUCAAAACGGAACCAAAGUGCAGUGCGGAUGCAGUGGCUGCUCCCAUCGCAGCCAUCCCAGUUAUACCCGCCAUCACACCCAUUCCCGCACACCCGAAUCCCAAAGCGGCGCCUCCAAACGCGCCUCAACUGGCGGAGGAGCAGCCGCCAGCAGCCAAAUCAUUGCCGCGUGCAGCAGCCGUGAAGUUGGAAACCAAAACAACAGUUUCAGCACCCAAGCGUAUAAGUCCCAAGCCCAAGGCUACCGGCGCUCGGGAGGAGCAGAAGCUGGAGGAGAAGAAGGUGGUGCCGGUGGCAGCCACUCCCACUGCCCCACAACCAUUAGUUCCCAUUGCCGGUGCCGGUGCCGUGCCCGCAGCCACCACAUCGCCGACGACGCCCAGCGUCAAUCCCAUCUUCCUGUGGGUCAAACAGGACGACACACGCAUCGUGGAGGUGCGCUGCGAGGACUACGACAAGCGGAACAGGAUACGCCUGACCAAGACGACGAAUGGCUGGCGGUCCAUGCCGCGCACAGAUGCUUCCUCAACUAGGAUAGUCAAAUUCUUCCAUGGCUCCGCCGCGCCCCUAAUGAAGGUCAAGCGGGAGCAGCACCUGCAGCGACUGGAGGAGGAGGAGGACCACAUGCACAUGCAGAUGCAGAUGCAGCAUCACCAGGAGCUCGAACAGCUAGAGGAUCACGAGCGGGAGCGGGAGCGGCAGCAGGUGCAGGAGCAUGAGCAGGAUCAGGAGCAAGCGGAGCAGCAGCUGCCCUCCAUGGCGCAGAGUUUGCUGCACGAUUGGGAUGACAGUGCCACGCAAUUGCCAGAUGAAAUCGAAGAUGGAGAGGAGGAUCAUGAUCAGGAUCAGGAUCAGGAGGAGUUGCAGUUGGAGCAGCAAGCCAAUCCCGCAGCGCAUCAGAAUGGCCACCUGACCACAGUGCUCGAGGAUGUGGUGGUGCUGCCACCUGUCCAAGAGCCCUGUUUCGAUGGCUUGAUGGACAGCGAGGAGACGAAUGCCUCGACCAAGGCCACCAAGACCAACACGCCCACAUAUCAGAGCUCCACGCCCUCGCCGCUGCAAAUGCAGCUGUGUCCCAAGACGGGUCUGUUCCUGCCCAAGGGAGAUCUUGCCCUGGUCCAGCUGCCCGAGGAAGAUGCUCAUCUUCCCGAGGAGGAUGAGGAUGUGGAGGAGGAGGAGGCGGAGGAGUCGGAGGAGGACAAGCCAAUGACCGGAACGGAGCAUGUUGAGUGCUUCGAUGCAAAUGCCAAGAAUCUGAAGGAUCUGCUCGACGAUGCCGACGAUCUGCUCCAGAAUUGCACCAGUGACAACGGCAGCAGUGGGGCGGAUCUUCUCGACUCGCUGGUCAAGCGCAGCUGUGAGGAUAAUCUUGUCCAGGAGAGCAACACCGGCAGCACCGGGAACAAUCCGCAGAACUCCUCCUCGUCCGGCGACGAACUGACCUCCUUCUGUGUGCCCGAUCUUGACAAGGACCUGCCCAGCAUUCUCAACAUGGACAGCGACGAUGCGCCCAAGUGUCUGUCCUUCAACGAGGCCGGCGAGAUCGAGGGACUGAACGGAGAGCUCUUCCUGGGCAUCGAGGCCUUCGAGAAGCAACAGGAGGCGGUGGCCACCGAGCCGGAGCCCCAACCGCCCACACCGGCCACCGUGGAACUGACCCAAACGCCCACGCCCACGCCGACGCCGGAAAAGCAGAAAGAGAAGGAGAAGGAUAAAUCCGGUACCGCGGCGGACGAGACGCCCAAGGAUCUGAGCUACAAGAAGCGCGAGGAGGUGUGUCCGCCCUCGGAAUCGCGCAGUCAGUGUGCGGUGACCUCCAGCUCGGAUAUACUCAAAUCUCCGGACCGCGACCUCCAGUUGCCGGCCAACUCCAUACCUGCCGAGGUGGAGACCACCUCGGAAACCAUUAAAAAUCUCAUCCUGGAGCAGUUCCUCAAGCUGAACAACAAUCCGCAGCAGGCGGAGCCCAUGGAUCUGGGCAAGGCGGGUCGCGACGGCAAACUCGAAACGGUCGUCAUUGACGACGAGGAGGACGACGAGGAGGAGUCCAGUCAGCCGCUGAAGAAGCGGCCCAAGGCCAGCAUCAAGCUGGACAAGGAUCCGGACGCGCUCACCCAGUUGAAGAUGCUGAUCAGCAAUCCGCAGUGGAAGGUGCCCGAUCCCAUUCUCGUGCCCAAGGAUCGCCUGGGCGCAGUGUUGGCCUCGCCGGCGCGAGAGAUUCCCCUGCUGUUGACCACGCGGCCAGAGUUGCGUCUUCCCGAGGCCUUUGCCUAUCCGGAGAUCAUCCAGAAUCCCAACAUUCUGGUGGUCACCAUGGAGCAGCUUGAGGCCAUCCUCCAAACCGAAUCGGAGCAGGCGGCCAAGGCGACCAAGGUGACCAAGGACCCGGAUCCGGUGAUCGUGGUGCCCAGCAAGCCGCGCAGUCCCAGUCCCAAGCAGGCACAGCCCAAACCUGUGCUGGCCCAGCCCAAACCGCCGGCAGCUGCGCCUCCGGUGGCCCCCACUCCACCAUCGCCGGCCGAUAGCAGCCUUAGCACGGAUCUGAAUGCCACCACACUGGCGCUGUUGCAGCAGAUGCUGUGGCUUCCCUACUUUGGCCAGCUGUCGCAGGAGUUCUUCAAGACCAUCAAGGAUCCGCUGGGACUGCAGCGGAAAUUCAUGAGCAAUCUGCUGCCCCUGUACAACAGCCAGUUUGGACUGCAGCAUCUGGACGAGCUGUACAAGCAUUGUAUGAAGCAAAAGCCGACGGAGGAGCAGCAGUCGCAGCCGCAGCAGCCGCUGCGCAAGGUUCCUACUCCAGUGGCAGCUCCUCCUCCUAUUCAUCCUCCUCCUCCUGCGCCUUCGCAUCCUGCGCCGCAUCAAAGCACAGCCAGCGGAUCGAACGCCUUCAAUGGCUUCACCAAUCCCGUGGAAUUGGCCCUCAUGCAGAAGCUGCUGCAGCCGCAAUUGCCGCAGUUCCUCAACUGGGAGGCCGCCAAGGAGGCCGCCUCAUCAUUAGCCACAUCCUCGGCCGCCUCGCAUCAUCCCCAUCACCAGGAGCAUAAGCGGCCGCGACGGGAACCGGAAUGCAAGCCACCAUCCGGUGCUCCAAGUACAACUGCUGCUCCGCCCGCCACUGUUGCUGCCGUUGCUGCUGCUGCUACUGCGGCUGCUGCUGCUCCGGUGGCCAACACUCCUGCUGCUCCGGCGCCAGCGCCGGCGGAGCACAAACCCAGACUGACCAUUAAAUCGCUCUCGAAUCUGCUGGAGCCGGAGGCGAACGUGGUGCCCCUGCUGAACGUGCCGUUCGAUGGCAUGCGAGGACGUCCCUCCCUGCACAAAUCGGCACCGGAUCAGGUGAAGGUGGACGCCGGCACCGGACGCACUCUGCGCUCCAGCAAGGCCUGCGUCACCUACAAUCCCCUCGAGCAGGCCAAGCAGCAGAUGCACCCAGUGGGAGGAUCCCAGCAGCAGCGGAAGCGGGGUAACAUGCUAGCCCAGGAUGUCCAGCAGCAACAUCAACAGCAGCAUCAGCAGCAGCAACAAUUCGCGGAUGCGGCGGCGGCAGCCGGAAUGGAUGCCAACUCAGCGCUGUGGCAUCCCCUCUUCGGAAGCAAUCCCAAGCAGGGCUACAAUAGUCCUUGGCAGUGGACCACGGUGACGGCCUCUGGCGAAUGACAGUCAAGCCGGGCUCACAAGGAGCCAGCACCUGCAACGGGAACAAGAACGGCCAGCUACGAGGAGCAGCAACAGCAGCAGCAACAUCAACAACUUCAGCAGCAACAGCAGCAGCAGCAGGACUACAGCAAUUACCAUGUCUCGGCCAAGCAGCAGCAGCAGCAACAGCAACCACAACUUCCAGCAGCCAACAAUCAAAACCACAGCAACAAUAGUAGCAAUAAAUUUUGUUAUCCUACGGCGGCGGCCAUGGAGAAUAUGUUCCAAAACAAUCAGAUGGCGGCCGCAGCCGCCGCACGUGAAUCGCUGCUAAAUUCUUAUCUGUAUCAGAAAGAAGGCGAUCCCAGCAAUUAUAUGUCGGAGCAGAGCUACUGGCAGCAGCAUCAGCAACACCAACAGCAGCAGCAACACCAACACCAGCAACAGCAGCAGCAACACCAACAUCAACAGCAGCAGCAACAACAACAUCAACAGCAGCAGCAACAGCAACACCAUCAGCAACAUAAACAGCUCCAGCAACAGUGGAGCGGUAAUAAUGGCGGCAGCAGCAGCAGCAACAACCAAAGGAGCAACAACUAUGCCAACAACUAUGCGGCGGCAGCAGCAGCCUCCAUGUACAUGCAACACUUUAAUCCCUACAUGCAACAGAAGGCGGCACUGCUGGCAGAGAAGGCCGCCCAGGCGGCGGCAGCAGCGGCGGCGGUCCAAAACAGCAGCAGCAGCAACAACAACAACGGGAGCAACAAGCACGGACGCUUCGUCGGCGACUACGGCUAGAGUCCACUGGGAUCAGCGUUCUACUAACCGGAACCGGAUCAAAAAAAAAACACUUGCAUAUUAACAUAAACAUAUAGGCAUAUAUAACACUUACGUGUAAUAAUAACUAUAUAUUUAGAGGCAUCGUAUAGGCCGUUUUACCGCCAGGAAUUGGUAAAGGAUAAACCAAGAUUUUCCUUUAAUUUAAUACACAGGAACAGCAACAACAAGGUAACCGGAAAGCAACAACAAUAAUUUAUAAACAACAAACAAGGAGAUAAAC